AUGACUGCUCUUUUCACAGCUCAAGAUGACUUUGGCAAGAAAGAUGACGAUCGCAAACCGGCAGCCGGUAUGUCGACACAAAUAAUUUGGAGUCCGGUGAACCGAAUCGCGCCUCGUAAAAUGAUUAAGCGUAUUAUCCUCCUCCUCGGAACUGGCCUUCUCAUCUACCUCUUCAUUCACAACAUACCGACUGAUAUAAGCCCUCGAGAUCGUCGCCAUCCCGUUUUUCUGCCCCCUGAAAAGUCCAGACACAGGAACCCCCCGAGGCCGGGGCCUAUGCCACAAUUUAAGCCUGGAGGGCAGCCGUUGAAGCCCAACACACCACCGCUGGAUCCAAAAGUUCUAGAAGAUCAGCAAAAUGUACCCAGAAGCUAUGAUGGACCUAUCGUGUUUCCAAAGCUCUCCUCCUCACUGAACGCCAUUUACGAUACCGACGGUACGUCGAUGAUCAAUAAGAAUGUUUUGUUUGCCGCAGCAAGCUUGCAGAGCGCAAGUUUGCUUCUCCCUCUGGCUUGCAAGAUGGGAAGUGAGCGAAGGAACUAUGUUCAUUUUGCUCUAAUGGGAGGAAGUUAUAUCACGCUCGAGGAUCUUCGUGCUGUCAAUGGCAUUGGGGAUGGCUGCCAUAUCAUCUUCCAUGAUGCGCGUCCAGACUUUCCAGCAACAUCCACGAUUGAGCGCUUGAAGAAGAGUGUCGGAAGUGCCUUAUACCACAUUAUCAACUACAUGCACCCUCAGUCCAUCUUCAUUGAUUCUUCGGGGGCAGAAAAUGACUACCUUCUCGCGGAAAUAAGGAGAGAGGCGUCUAUUUCGGGCACUUCAGUUAUAGAACUACCAGCCGAUUCUCUGUCCAAGCUUUCUUGGAUUGCAAAUUUGGACAGUUCAUCACUAGCUGCCUGGAACAAGGUCAACAUUGACAUCUUGAUACACGUUUCACCUGGAACCACGGGAAGCCUUGUCCACCUGCUGAAGUCCUUGUCUAAAGCGGAUUACUCCGUAGGCCCGGUUCCCCGUCUAACAAUCGAUUUGCCCGCCAACAUCGACCCUGUCACCACAAACUUCUUGACAACAUUUCAAUGGCCCCCGAGGAGUGCCAACGGUGUAUCCCAACCACAGCAGCUAAUCAUCAGGCGUCGCAUCUCCCGGGGCAGACAAACGGAGGAGGAGAGCACUGUGCGCUUUCUCGAGUCAUUUUGGCCCAUUAAUCCCAAACAGCAGCUACCCGCUUUCUUCACCCAAAAGAUGGUCAGCAAGAAUUUCCCAGCAUGGAUGGAGCAUGCACUCACCCUCUCCCGUGUUCGGGGCUAUUGGAUGCUUUACCCAGGUGCGAAAACUGCAACCAAGAUCGCCACAUUUCAUCAGGAAUUUUAUCGAGCUCCAGAGGAGUUUGAGAAAGAGCUCGCCAAAACAACCCCGCAGUACUCCGAACCCCGCUUAGACCAAGGUGCAUUGUUUGAGACCCUACCAGGCCGCGGGAAUCUAUUGCCAUUCAGCGACAUGCCGUUGCUGUUUUGGGACGGCACACCUACGCAGCUUAAGGUCUUGGACACAGCUGCAGCAGACUAUGCAAACGAGUUUAGACGCGCUGUUGGGGGCUGCGAGGGGCUGGAUCCUGAGGAGCUCGUCCCAAGUUCUUCGUUGCAGGACCUAUUCUGUGUGGAAGAUGAAUGA